CUGUUAACCAGGACAAGACGUUUAGUAGUCAUCGCUUUCGGGAAGUACGCCUGUCUCUUUAAUCUUAGUUUAUACUCAUGACAAUAACAUUGAGCAGAAUUGUUAGUUGUCAUAAAUCAAGACCACCGAAAUACUUAUUAGCAUUCCAAUAUUAGAUGCAAAGUGAUAAUAUUGAUUGUUAAUACGAAUUAUUUCGAAGAUGGCGGAUCCUGGAUCUUAUGAUAUGAAUGAUCCGGAAUUAAAAUAUCUUGUUGUGGAUCGAAAUUUUAUUAAUGAUCCGACUGCUCAAGCGGAAUGGACUGCAAAAAAAUUAGUUUGGAUACCUCAUGAAGUAAAUGGCUUUGUUGCUGCUAGUAUUAAGAAAGAAAGAGCCGAUGAUUUGGAGGUGGAAAUCAUCGAAACCAAUAAAAGGUGUGUCGUUGCUAAAGAUGAUGUACAAAAAAUGAACCCUCCUCGAUUCUCUAAAGUGGAAGAUAUGGCAGAAUUAACAUGUUUAAAUGAAGCCUCUGUUUUGCACAAUCUUAAAGACCGAUAUUUUUCAGGGCUAAUAUAUACUUAUUCUGGUUUGUUUUGUGUGGUUGUCAAUCCCUAUAAACGUCUUCCAAUUUAUACCGAAAAAGUUAUCGAACUCUAUAAAGGUAAAAAAAGGCAUGAAGUUCCACCUCACAUAUUUGCCGUAACUGACGGUGCCUAUCGAAGUAUGCUUCAAGACCGUGAAGACCAAUCUAUCCUUUGCACGGGUGAAUCAGGUGCUGGUAAAACUGAAAACACAAAAAAAGUAAUCCAGUACUUAGCAUAUGUAGCAUCAUCAAAACCACGUUCAUCUUCCCUUCAUCAUCCUAAUAAUUCUCUCACUCCUGCACAAAUUAUCGGUGAGCUGGAACAACAAUUAUUGCAAGCAAAUCCAAUAUUAGAAGCAUUUGGAAAUGCAAAGACUGUAAAAAACGAUAAUUCAUCUCGUUUUGGAAAAUUUAUCAGAAUCAAUUUUGAUGCUUCUGGAUUCAUAGCUGGUGCCAAUAUUGAAACAUAUCUUUUAGAGAAAUCUCGUGCAAUUCGUCAGGCUAAGGAUGAGCGUACUUUCCAUAUAUUCUAUCAAAUGCUUGCUGGUACAACGGAAGAACAGAAAAAAGAAUUUCUGUUAGAAGAUCCUAAAAACUAUAGGUUUCUGACUUGUGGAGGAUUGGCUGUUCCAGGAGUUGAUGAUGGUCUUGAAUUUCGAAAUACUGUUAGUGCUAUGUCUAUAAUGGGUUUAUCUCCAGAAGAUUUAUUUUCUAUUUUCAAAAUACUCUCUUCUGUCCUUUUAUUUGGAAACAUGGAAUUCCAGCAAGAAAGAAAUUCUGACCAAGCAUUUUUGAUGGAAACAACUGUUGCUCAAAAAAUAGGCACUCUGUUAGGCUUAAAAGUUACUGACAUGACAAGAGCUUUUAUAAGACCAAGGAUUAAAGUAGGAAGAGAUUUUGUGAGCAAAGCACAAACUAAGGAACAGGCUGAAUUUUCUGUGGAAGCUAUAGCUAAAGCAUGCUAUGAGAGAUUAUUUAGGUGGCUAGUUAAUCGAAUAAACCGUUCUCUUGAUCGAACGAAACGACAAGGAGCCUCUUUUAUUGGUAUACUUGAUAUUGCUGGAUUUGAAAUAUUUGAAUUAAACUCAUUUGAACAGCUAUGUAUAAACUACACGAACGAAAAGCUGCAGCAACUGUUUAAUCAUACUAUGUUUGUAUUGGAGCAAGAAGAAUAUCAAAGAGAAGGCAUAGAGUGGAAAUUUAUAGAUUUUGGUCUUGAUUUACAACCAACUAUUGAUCUAAUAGAAAAACCAAUGGGAGUUCUUGCCCUUUUAGAUGAAGAAUGUUGGUUUCCUAAAGCUACUGUCAAAACCUUUGUAGAUAAGCUUGAUACAUCACAUGCUGUUCACCCUAAGUAUAUCAAAUCGGAUUUUAGAGCAAAUGCUGAUUUCAGUAUCAUACAUUAUGCUGGCAAGGUUGAUUAUUCUGCUGAUAAAUGGCUUCUUAAGAAUAUGGAUCCACUGAAUGAAAAUAUUGUGUCAUUACUCCAGAAUUCAACUGACCCAUUUGUGGUGUAUAUUUGGAAAGAUGCUGAAAUUGUUGGAAUGGCUGCAGCCACUAUGGGUGAUACUCAGUUUGGUGCUAGAACUCGAAAAGGCAUGUUUAGAACAGUUAGUCAACUGUACAAGGAACAAUUAGCUAAGUUAAUGGCUACUCUGCGCAAUACUAAUCCAAAUUUUGUGCGAUGUAUCAUUCCUAACCAUGAAAAAAGGGCUGGAAAAAUCGAUGCUUUGCUUGUGUUGGAUCAAUUAAGAUGUAAUGGUGUAUUAGAAGGAAUUCGAAUAUGUCGACAAGGUUUUCCUAAUCGAAUUGCAUUCCAAGAGUUUAGACAGAGGUAUGAACUACUUACCCCAAAUGCAAUACCUAAAGGUUUCAUGGAUGGAAAAUUAGCUUGUGAGAAAAUGAUAUAUGCAUUAGAUUUGGAUCCUAACUUAUAUAGAAUUGGACAAAGUAAAAUCUUUUUCCGAGCUGGAGUUUUGGCUCAUUUGGAGGAAGAAAGGGAUUAUAAAAUAUCUGAUUUAGUAAUACAGUUUCAAGCGUUUUGUCGAGGCAAUUUGGCAAGAAGGAACUUUCAUAAACGUUUGCAACAACUUAAUGCCAUUCGAAUCAUUCAGAGAAAUUGUGCUGCUUAUUUAAAAUUAAGAAAUUGGUCAUGGUGGCGUCUUUAUACAAAGGUGAAACCAUUACUGCAAGUUACAAAACAAGAAGAGAAACUCAGUGCUAAGGAGGAUGAGUUGCGACAAGUAAAAGAAAAAAUGGAGAAAGCUGAAACGGAAGUUGGUGAAUUAGAAAAAAAGCUUCUACAAUUGUCUGAAGAAAAAACUACCCUAGCUGAACAAUUACAAGCUGAAACUGAACUUUGUGCAGAGGCGGAGGAGUUAAGACUACGAUUGCAAGCUAGAAAGCAAGAACUAGAAGAUAUAUUACAAGACAUGGAAGUUAGAAUUGAAGAAGAGGAAGAAAAAAGCAAGAAUUUGACUUCUGAGAAAAAGAAACUUCAGUUAACUAUUCAGGAUCUAGAAGAACAAUUAGAAGAAGAGGAAGGAGCUCGCCAGAAACUUCAAUUAGAAAAGGUUACUUUGGAUUCUAAAAUUAAAAAAUUAGAAGAAGAUUUUGCUGUACUUGAUGAUAGUAAUCAAAAAAUCCUAAAGGAAAAGAAAAUUUUAGAGGAAAAGUUUUUAGAAGUUUCUCAGAAUCUUAGUGAAGAAGAAGAAAAAUCUAAACAAUUAUCUAAGUUAAAAGCAAGACAUGAAGCUACUAUUGCUGAUAUUGAUGAUAAACUAAGAAGAGAACAACAGAUGAGACAGGAAUUGGAAAGAGCUUCCCGUAAAGGCGAGUCUGAGCUUAGUGAUAUUAAAGAACAGCUUAUAGAGAAGAAACAACUGGUUGAAGAAAUCCAGCUCCAAUUGUCUCGUAAAGAGGAGGAAUUGGCUGACUCUCUAAAUCGUUGUGAUGAGGAACUUGUUGCUAAAGUACAAACACAAAAGCUUUUACGAGAUUUGGAAAAUCAGUUAACUGAAGUUCAAGAAGAUUUAGAGGCUGAAAAAGAUGCUAGAACAAAAGCUGAGAAAUUGAGAAGAGAUUUAAAUGAAGAACUGGAAGCUCUGAAAACUGAACUUUUAGAUUCUACUAACUCCACAGCAUCACAAGAAGCUUUACGCAAGAAAAUGGAGGAAGAAUUAAAACAUUUGAAACAAGGUUUAAAAGAUGAAACUUCAAGGCACCAAAAUCAAAUUGGAGACCUAAGACAGAAGCACACUAUUGCUGUUGAACAGCUGAAUGAACAGUUAGACUCUUUGCAGAAAACUAAAGGUGUAUUAGAAAAGUCGAAGGUCAAUCUUGAGAGUGAAAACAACAAUUUACAAUCAGAACUUCAAGCUUUAUCUUCUGCUCGACAAGAGUCUGAAAGAAGGAGAAAGCAGAUGGAAAACCAGCUUCAAGAAAUUUUAGUUAAACAUGAAGAUGCUGAGAGGAACAAACUUGAAAUGUCAGAAAGAGCUGCAAAAUUGCAGACUGAAUUAGAUUCUGUAAGUGCUCAAUUUGAAGAUAUGGAGACUAAAGCUACUCAAGCUCUUAAAAGUGUUGCUACAUUAGAAGGUCAACUUUCUGAAAGUCAAGAGCAAUUACAGGAUGAGACUCGACAGAAAUUAGCUCUCAGUUCACGCCUAAGACAGCUUGAAAAUGAACGUGAAAAUCUACAAGAACAACUGGAUGAAGAGGAAGAAGCUAAGAAAAACCUUGAAAAACAAUUAAAUAUUUUGAAUUCUCAAGUUGCUGCUUAUAAAAAGAAAGCUGAAGAAGAAGAAGAUACCGUUGUUAAUUUAGAAGAACAAAAGAAAGCAGCAAUGAAAGAAAUUGAAGUUUUGCAACAUAAAAUAGAUGAACAACAAAUGAUAAACGAGAAACUUGAUAAAUCAAAAAAGAAACUUCAGUCUGAAGUAGAAGAUUUGACCAUUGAAUUGGAUAGCCACAAAACUAAAGUGUCUGAUUUAGAGAAAAGGCAAAGAAAAUUUGAUCAACUUCUUGCUGAGGAAAAAGCUAUAUCUGAACAAUUAUCACAAGAAAAAGAUAAUGCUGAGCGAGAAGUUCGAGAGAAAGAGACAAGGAUAUUGACUCUUAUACGAGAGUUAGAAGAAAGAGAAGAGCAUAACGAAGAACUUGAACGUUCUAAAAAGCAAUUGCAGGCUGAGCUUGAUGAAUUAGUUAACAAUCAAGGCACAGCUGAUAAAAAUGUACAUGAACUGGAAAAAGCAAAACGAAUAUUAGAAAAUCAAUUGGAAGAACAAAAGCAUCAAAUUGAAGAACUAGAAGAUGAGUUGCAAUUAACUGAGGAUUCAAAAUUGAGGUUAGAAGUAAAUAUGCAAGCUUUAAAAGCACAACUUGAGCGAGAUUUGCAAGCAAGAGAUGAACAAAAUGAAGAAAAGAGAAAGUCUUUAAUUAAACAGGCUCGAGAUCUAGAAGCUGAGUUAGAUGAUGAAAGAAAACAACGAUCUGCUGCAAUUGCUACAAGAAAAAAGAUUGAAGGAGACUAUAAAGACCUAGAACAACAACAUGAAAUAGCCAAUAAAGUUAAAGAAGAUGCUUUACGUCAACUUAAAAAAUUGCAAAGUCAAAUGAAAGAUUACCAGCGUGAAGUAGAUGAGUCUCGUUCUUCCAGAGAUGAUUUGGCUACUCAAUUAAAAGAAAUGGAGAAAAAACAAAAAACUUUAGAAACAGAAGUAAUUCAACUUCAAGAAGAUUUAGCCAGCUCUGAAAGAACAAGGAAAAGUGCAGAAUCUGAAAGAGAUGAAUUACAUGAAGAAAUUAAUAGCAGUGCUUCUAAAGGCUCUCUAUUGAUUGAUGAAAAAAGAAGAUUAGAAGCUAGAAUUCAGCAGUUAGAGGAAGAAAUGGAAGAAGAACAAGGAAAUUCUGAGGCGUUAUUAGAGAAAACAAGAAAGGCUCAAACUCAGAUAGAACAACUAGCUGCUGAACUUGCAUCCGAAAAAACUACCUCACAAAUGUUGGAAAAUAACAGAAUACAUUUAGAACGACAAAAUAAGGAGUUAAAACUAAAACUACAGGAAGUUGAAAGUUCUGUCAGGGCUAAAUCUAAAACUGCUAUAACAUCUUUGGAAUCUAAGCUUGCACAAUUAGAAGAACAGUUCGAAGAAGAAACAAGGGAAAAACAAAUACUUGCCAAGUCUAGUCGUAAACUUGAGAAACGAAUAAAGGAGCUGUUGCUGCAAUUAGAUGAUGAGCGUAGACAUGCUGAUCAAUAUAAAGAACAGCUGGAGAAAACGAACAACAGAAUGAAAAACUUGAAAAGACAAUUGGAUGAAUCAGAAGAAGAGUGCUCUAAAGAAAAAGCUACAAAAAGAAAAGUACAAAGAGAACUUGAAGAUUUGCACGAAGUUUGUGAAAAUCUUCAGAGAGAAGUAACAAAUUUGAAGAACAAAAUGAGGCGAGGUGGAAGUGGAUCAGCUGGUUCAAGUUCAUCUUCUAUUUCAUCACGUAUUGGUUCUAUGAAUUCAAAACGUGGGUCGGUGACUCUCGGCAUGGGAGAUGAUGGAAGUCCAACUAUGUCAUUGGCUGAUGACUCACCAAACGAAGACAGCAGUCAAGCUUAAGUAUUAACUUUAAACAAAAAAUAUCGAUCUCUCUUUUACUAACACGUAUCUUGGGCCUUUGUUGGCUUACAAGUAACUGAAAUGGAAACAUUCCGAAAUUCAACUAUGGUUUUUCAUCUACAAACUACUUGGAUUUAUUUUUUUCAAUUGUGAUUGUUGUGAUCAUAUGAUGUUAUCCAUUCCUGCAUUUGUUUUCUUCACAUCUAAGUUAUUGAAAUACAAAAUAUCGCAAAGGAGAGUUUUUAAAUUUCCUUUGUAAAACGUUUCUAAUAAUCUUAAUGAUGCCUGGUGUAUUUGAAAGAACAGCUUAUGAACUUCCAACAUAACCUUGCCAUAAUUCUCUCAUACAUCACUGGAAGAAACCGACCUAACAUAUUUUUCAAAAACUGCAUUGACUUAUGUAUUCGAUGAAAAUAUAUAUUUAUCACGUUGCAAGACCAUCAAAAGUUUUGCAUGGAUCAUUAUUUUGAACUUAAUGUGUCUUAUUUUUUUAAAAACAAGAUAUAAAAAGAUCAAGUGAGGAGAACAUCAGAAGGAAAGUUUUUUUUACACCACAAUUUCAUCUGCCAGUAAAGAAUCGCCAACAUCCCUAUUUUUUAAUUUUGGAGAGAUGUGUGCAAUAUAUGCUGUUGUGGUAGCAAACUUCUAUUUUAGAUAUAAUUGUGAUGCUAAAUAAUUUGCUUUCGAGACUAUUGAAAUUGCCUUAUUUUAAAAUAAAUGAAUGCUUAAUGAGAUUGUGCCAAUUUACAGGCAUAGUGAUUGAGCAAGAAGGAGUUCUUAUUUUUGUAUUGAUCAAUCAAUGAAAUAUCUUUGUGUAAAUUGAUUAUUGAUUAAAGGGUUGAAUUAUUUAAGACUA